AUGUGCUACAGCCUUAAUAAUCUUUCUGAUUUUUGGAGGAGUAUUGACAGCAUCAUAUUACUUUGGUCAUGGCCUUUUGGUUUUACAUUUCAAGGAGAAGCCUGUGGUUCAGAGUAUGGUAUUAAAGGUUGUCACAUUACAGAUGACAGAAGACAGUAUUACAAAGCCCAUGGUGUUAUGUUUCAUAUCGAUGGCGCUUUACCAAACCUGAUAAACAUGCCACGUCCACACCAGAAGUGUGUGUGGAUGAACAUGGAGUCUCCUGAUAAUACACCAAGAUGGACUGGAACAGAUGAUUUAUUCAAUCUGACUGCAAAUUAUAGGAGAGAUUCAGAUGUCUGGGUGCCUUAUGGGAGAAUCAUAGAAGUCUCUGAGAAGGACAAACCCUUUACAAUACAACCAAAGGACAAAUUGGUGUGCUGGGUCAUCAGUAACUGGAACUCCAACUAUAGCAGAGUGAAAUAUUUUAAUGAACUGAGCAAACACGUCAAAAUAGAGGCUUAUGGUAGAUCCUUCAACUGGUACAUUAAGGACUAUAAGGCUACCUUGUCUAGUUGUAAAUUCUACUUCUCAUUUGAGAGCUCCAGCCACAAAUACUACUUCACUGAGAACCUGUUUAACUCCAUGAAAGUUGGCACAGUUCCUGUGGUUCUCAGUCCACCCAGGGAGAACUAUGAGGAAUUCCUUCCUGCAGAUUCAUUCAUUCAUGUGAACGAUUUCAAAUCCCCUCAGGAACUUGCAGAACAUCUCAAAUUUCCAGACCAUAACCAGGAAGCUUAUGAGCACUACUUCACCUGGAGACAACGCUUUACUGCGAAACGUUCACAUUUUGGGCGAGAACAUGCUUGUCAUAUUUGUGAUCAUAUAAGAAAACACAAGGGCUACAGAGUGUUUACAGGUCUCAAUAAAUGGUACUGGGAUUAG